GUGCGUACACGACGGGGUUUUCGUUACGCGUGACGUUCCGUUCCGAUAGCGGUUCUCCCAGUGUAUCUUUUCCAGUGUUCGAAAAGUGUGAAGUCUAAUGCUAGAAGGACAUUCACAUCAACGGGCGCGCGCGACAAGAUCUGACGUAGCAAACGUUCCCCGCGGGGGUGUCUAGUCGUUGCUGGUGGUGGCCAGUGGUUCCGGAAGGUAGUGUACGAACUUCCGGGGUUUAGCUAUACAGCAAACCGUCUCAAUGUGCAUGCGAAUGUGCUAGACGAACGAAAUUGUUCCCUGCUGCUGCUGCUGGUGCACCUCCAGACAGCGAUGCAAGGAAAAAGAGAAGGUUAGAAUAAGUGCAUCCAGCAAUCUACCACCCACCCACACUCUGCUGCUGUGUGUGAGCAUAGAAAGCCUCGGAACAAAGUGUUUUGCGGAGACAAAAGAAAAUAAAUACACGCAAUCAGUGAACCGGGAAAUAGUGAGUGCCAAAUAAACAAACAAGAAAAAGCCCAAAAAAUUUGUCAUAAACUAAACUCAUGCCGUCAAACAAGCCAUUCGGUUGUGAACACACAGCGAACAAUGGAAAUUGAAACAAUGAAUUUCCAUCCCAUUGGAUGACGGCCCGAGUGGAAAGCCAGAAGAAAAUUAGUGAAUUAUGAAACAUCGAGCUUAAUGAAAAUUUGUUCCGACAGUGUGUGAUUUUUAUCGCCGUGCGAGUGCGCCACAGCGUUCAUUGUUGUGCUUAUUUGUCUUCGGUCAGGUGAGAUCUGUUUUGCCUUGGGCCACAGUAGUAAAAAAAAAGAACGAAAAAUAAAAGCGUGUCCAUUUCGCUUGCAAAAUUAAUCACCAUCGGUCUGACCGGAUUGCGAAAUUAAAACUCUCCACUCUGUCAACCAGAUCGUGGUAUGAAGAAGACGCCAGCUCCUCCGCGUCAGUGUCCCCCACUCGGAGUGGCUUUAUCCGGCCGGAAAUAAACCACAAUAUCCCGCUACAAAGCCGGUUCCAAUCUCGGCGGGAGAAAUUACAUGUCGAAUGGUGUACAGAUUAAAAAAAAAUCGAACAGUCACCACCGGAAAUUGAGUCCGCAGAUUUCGGGCUUCGCCGUGUCGAGGCCUCCAGGAGAAAUUUCACGCAUCGUCAGGUUUGAUGUGGGGACCUAUAUGUCUCUCGGCCGGAAUGACCAAUCCGGGACACGACCGUAGUACGAUCGUUGCGGACUGCGAUGAAUAAUUAAUUGUGGCUCAUUUAUUAUUGACGAUGUCUGGACCCCGGCUAUCGGAAAAUAUUUAUUCCGAAGCAAUGCUUUCGCUUAAUUAAAAACCAAACAGUUAAAUAGUGUGAGUGAGUGAGUUCCAUAGAGGCCAAAUACAGUAACAAUAGCAGUGGGAGGACGAAUAAAACAACAGCAAUAAAAUAUUCUGCACUUGAUCCAUCGAACCGCCCCCGCCUCGUAAUCAUUCUGAAACAAUCGCCAACGGGGAAAAGUUGGACAUUGUGCGCCGUGAGAUGAAUGUGAUUGAUAGAUUCGGAGCAGCUCGUAGCAGAUAGCAUCCCACCGACCGUCAAUCGUUCAAUCGGCGAAUUCGCCGAGUGAAUAAAAAAUACCCUCCAUACCUGAAGCUGGGAAAAAGUGUGCCAAAGUUGAUCCGAUUAUUCGUUUCUGCUGAUUGGAAGUGCUAAAUUAAUUGAUAAUCAAGGGAAAUCGACGCGUGUGCAUGAAUGCGAAAGUAACCCAAACAAGCGGAAGAAAGUGAAGCGAAACAUAAGUGCCAACUUUUUUUCACCGGUGGUAGAGAGUUCACCGAAUCCACCGAGCCAAACAGUCGGAAAACAGCCACCGGAAGAAAAAUGGUGGAUAUUAGCUCAAUUAUCGAGGGAUCCGUCAAGUUCCGUGACGGCAAAAAGUGGAAAUCGCGAUGGUGUGUUAUGCGGAAACUAUCCCCAGUAGCAGACUGCCUCCACCUUCAACUGUACAGAGACUCUAAAGAUCGCUACAAAAAUGGAACAACCAAGGCAUCCCUCUCGCUGCAGCACUUUUUAGGCGUCGAAUCCGGUUUCACGCUGGACAAGGAAUCCAACACGAUAGCAAUAAUCUGCCAGGAUGUGAUAGUAGUACUCGCUUUUGACACCAGAGAAAGACUGAUACAGUGGCAGGUCAAAAUAUCCAACAACCUAGGCGAAGAUAUACAAUUCCUGGUGCUGGUCUCGUCGGCGCCCCCCAAGGCAAAACUGGCGACGGGACCAGCGCGAAUGCACAUCCAAGAUCAUCGGUUUUGUCUGACGACUGGCGUUCCACCCCGACUAACCGGAAUGUGGAACAUACAACAUCUCAGACGAUACGGAGUCGUUGACAAUAGGUUCUGCUUCGAGGGCGGCGCGAGCUGCGGGAAGGGCGAAGGUCUUUACGUUUUCGUAACAGAUCUGGGUGAUGAAAUCACCCACACGUUCAAGCUAGCAUCACAGGGUAAAUUGGCCAGCAAGAAGCGGGCGGCUGCCAAGAAACUUGCAGCUUUGGAAAGUCCUCGAAAGGGUGCAGAAUCUCGCUGCACAAACUACAAUGACGAGAUCUGUACGGUGCAUAUAGAAAAUUCGUCGUGCGCUUGUAGGACGGCCUAUUGGCCGUCGACGGAAUCCAGAGAUCUGGACAGUAACUAUGGUUGUGGUGAUACGGCUUCAGUAUCCGAAGGACAUGACAGUAUCAAUGACAUGGACUUAUUUCCAAGGAGUACCGUGGCCAACUUGGAACGCUGCAUGAGUUGCAUCUCCAAGCUGGGGGCCCCAUCGAUGUCCCGUAGUUCCACAGUGACGGGAACUCCCGGAGCUGUGGCGCCGACCCCUGCCUGGCACACGAUGACCGAGCACAAUAAUCACAUCAAUCAAUCGCACAUUUCAAAAACACCAGCAUUAGAUAGGAUGUCCCUGUGCUCCCAUGGUAGCAGUAAUAAUUCAGAAUAUUCCAUCCCCCGGCAAACGUGCCCUCCCAGUCAGCAGGGUCCUGAAUCGUGGUACGAAAAGGUCCCCGCUACGCAGUUUACCUGUAUGCAGAAUCGACCCACGUCCCCAUGUCAGUGUUGCCCUCCAGGUAGACCUCCAAAACCCAAAGAAAUCGCUCUACAUAUAACAGCUCCUCUCCAUUCCGCCAUGAUGUCCUGUAAGUCUCCACAGACGAGUAGCCACGUUGGUCCCUAUGAAAACUAUGACAUCCCAAAGACCCCUGUUGCUAUUGACGACAACGGUAGCACGACGGAAAACUACGAUACACCUAAGAAAAUACAAGAGUACCUGUCAAAGGAGGCGAUCAGCAGUGGAAAGAGUGAUGUAGGUAACUAUGGAAACUACGAUACCCCUUUGUCGUUAAGCAAGGCCGUCUGUGGUUGUUUGAACGGUAGCGAGAAUCAAACUGCACCCAAACUGGAAAAGGAAUUGGAGGGCCCUCGAGUCGACUGUACCUGUAAUAGAGUAAUGUCGUGGGCUGAUAACUGGAUCUCAUUACCACUGUGCAAACGAGGAAGUGGGAUAGAAAAUACGGGUGUACAGAUCAAUAAGGUCAAGCUAAGUGGUGAAGGGAAAAUGCCAGUAGUCGAUGCGAGUGCAGAAAACGCUAUUUACGCAACUGUAGAUAUGACCAAAAAAAUCAGAAAACGACUGGAAGGUGGUUGUGAGUGCGAUAAGAACGAUAGUGAAAGUGCAAAAGAAAUGAAAAGUACUUCCGAUGAAAACUACGAAGAUGUCGCGAUAAUUCCAGAAGAACAGAAAGCAAACUACAUGAACCUUGAGUUUGAAAAGUCUCUUGAAAACUACGAAAAUUCCAAAGAAGUACUUCAGAGAGCUGGCCUCUCGGUGCAUGAUUUCGAAGAGGAACAGAAAGUUUGCCAUAAAUGUGGUCAUCUCAGUACGAAAACACCAGAAGCCGACAGUGCCAAGUCGGAACCCCAAGCAACGGACAAACAGGAGAAUUACAUGAUGAUGGAACCCGCAAAUAUGAAAUCGAAAUUUCCAGGAUACAUACCCAUGUCUCCUGCAGCUCCUACGGUAACAACCGACGCAGAUCCUCCACCAGCAUCUCCAACAGCUCCACCGCUUCCUUUCAAAUCAGAUCUUCUAAAACAACGAAUGAGUAGAUUAAUCGGUGAAAAGUCUGCCAGCAAUCCUAGUCUCUGUGGUCCGGCAAUUGACCGGAGCCGUAAGCGGAUAGACGACGAAUCACGAAUUCCAGGAAGUGCCAUGCUCAAAGCUACUACCAGUCCGUAUACUCGCAAACAGUUGCUAGAUCAUAGUGAUCUACUCCCGUGUGAUAAGAGGCUAUCUCCAAGGAAACGAUCCGCUUCCGCCGAGUCUUCUCGUUUCCUAGAUGAAGGUGAAGAAGCUGAAAGUCCUCUCAGUGGUACCGCAUCCCCAAGUACGGAAACGCUACGGAAACCUGCCACACCCACAUGUAACAUCGAAGCUCGGCGAUCAUCUUCACCUUGCGUUCACCGAGAAAUGGAACCAUGUUCCGGCCCGACAUGCUGUGACAAAUCGGCUCCUGUCGAAACGGAAGACGAUAUAUCUGUUUCCACCAACCCUAGUCAAAACUCCCAAUCCGUCUACAUCCGAAGAUCGGAGAGUGUACCUUGCAAGGCACAAAAUCGUGACAGCUCAAGUUCGAAUGAUUCGGGUGUUUCCACAGGAUCCUUGCGGCAGCGGGGUACUGACUUUACGGAAUUUGAACUCCCGCUUACCACGGCCAUGUCCGCUCGAAGACACCAACGGCAUAUACUACCGCAGCAGAGUUGCGUUCAUUUUUCACUUCCACGGAGGUCAAAAUCCUUCGAUCCACUACGUGAACUAUCGUUCCAGUUCCAAAAGAUCCGCGUUCCGGAAAAGAGCACAUCAGCCGAAGCAGAAGUUCCAAUCUGUCCACCGAAAACGAAAACGUACGGAAGUCCAGACAAUAUGGCAACAACCACGGCUCCAUACAUCGAUUCCAGAAGUACUAGCAGUGGCACUUCCGACAUGUCCGAUUAUAUAGAAACGCUGUCGUUAUCAAGUCACAGUUCGUCGGAUACGCCCGAAGGAAGGCACAUCCGACAGGCAACAUCCACGUUGCGACCUCGAUCCGGUAAGGAGUACCAAAACAUUGACCGGUCGAUCCUAGCGCUAACGCAAGCCGGCAGCGAAUCGUCACUGAAGCACCCGGGAACGCCAUCACAGCUGCGAGGUCUGCUGUCCUGUUCGUCCAACUACGCCAACAUCACACCCGUACCGGAGAACGCCGAAUCACCUAGUCCAGGCUAUCAGAGCGGUAGCUCGCCCCAGGAGGCACAGGGUCAACACUUCAUGUUUAAGAACUCGUCUUAGGUUCGUGAGCGCCACAGCCCGUCAACAAAUGAAAGCAAUAAAGACUAACUUUUAUAUAUAAGUAUAAUACAAAUAGAGAAUCAAAAAAUACCUUUCUAUAUACACGAUAAGAAGGAAGAAUAUUGCAAAAAAAAACAGUUUUACAAGCAAAACCUAACGAAACCAAAAAUUGCACUCGUACCCACGAGUACAACAACAACAACGGAGAAAAAUAAACUCUCUAACUGAAGAAAUAAAAUCAACAACAACAACAACAAUCAAUUGCAGCAAUAAACUAAUGGGCCACAUCCAAUCCAGGAUUUUGCCGUCUGUGUACAGGCAGAAGUAAAGAAGACUCAAACCCAGAGCAGGACAGAACCGAACACACAGGAAGCAACGUUUAUUUUCCUUUAUUUGAACCAGAUAAUUAUUUUUCCGUUCCGUGUUUGCGCGCGACCUUUGAUUGCUUUUGUCUUCCUAUUCAUUGAUUUUUAACCUUCAGGGCAAAUAUUUUCCUCCGCACAUACUGCUUCACUUGAUCGAGCCUGGACAGCUUCCCUAGGGGUAAGUAAGAGCACACAAGUUCUUCACCACAUCAGGCGGAUCAACGGAGCCGGGUUGUGGUGGGAUGGUGCAGCUCUGGCAAAAGUAAGCAAACAAAAGAAAAUGAAGUGGGUAGGUAGCAAGAAGGAUACUUUCCCGACCCGGCUGGCGUCUCAGGUUUUACAUCCCGGGAAAAUAACAAGAAACGACCGGAAAGCAAACAGGCUCUACUUUCCUAUCUAUGGUUCUAUGGGACAAAAGGAGGGUGAUUGCUGUGAGGAUUCAUCGGUGAGAGGAGUGCAGGUUUCUUGAACCAUGUGGACAAGUGGUGGGUGGAAGCACAUCAAAUCAGAGUCUCGAAACUAAGAUAAAUACGGAACUCGAUUGGUGGGUGUCGGAACAUCAUGUCAAGGUGGCCAAGGAGGUUGCAGUAUGUGGGGAAUAAUAUUGAUUUCUCGGGAUUUGUUACCGUUGAUAAAGUUUUUCUUUUCUCUGUUAUUGUGUUGUUUCCGUUUACAUUGCACGUAGGAUAGAAUUCUUUUCUAUGGACUGAUGAUUUUCCGAAUCAAAUAGGCGACGAUAACGGUUCAUAGUAUCGGUUUAACCCCCAUUCAGUAUUUUUUAGUUUGUCAGGAAACAGAAAAGUGUGAACGUUCGGAUUGUAUUCUUCAAACAGCAGUAUGAGAGCGAGCGUACACAUCCAGGGGUGAAAGCAAAAACUUAUACAAUCUUCAUAAACAGGAAAUGAAACAACAACGACUUUUUAUUGUUUUUGUUAUAGGUGAAACUGUGUGUACUGUAAUCCAAUAGAAUAUUUUAUGUUGAACUUUGUUUUGUUGAAAUACGGCAGCAGGAAAUAUAAACCGGUUUACCAUUCGGAUACGAGUAGAACAAUCCAAAGGAAUAGAAUUCUGUCAAAAAGUUCCAAUUGAAACUUUAUUCUUCAAGUGCUAGUCUACAGCUAAAAAGAGCCCCGUUUUAAACUGAAUGCAAGACGUUAUUGUUGUAAAUAUAUAUAAAAGAAAACAGAGGAUAUACAAUUUGUGUAAAAUAAACUAUUGCCAAAAUACUUAUUACGAAAUAUUUAUUGACAUAUUAAUCGAAUACUUAUUAUUGACGCAUAUUAUCCAAAAAUUAGUAUAUACCAAUGAGGAACCUUUUUUCGAAACAUGUAUAUUUAAAAACGUACUCAACCGACCUAUUUAGUGUGUAAAUAACAAUUCUACUUUUGGAGUUCACAAGCUCAAGCGAGAGCCACUUUCAUCUUACUCGAAUCCACUUAAGGUUUUCACCCUUUCUCUCAUUAACAAAAAAACAAAACCUAUCACUACAUCGAGAACAAAACCAAAAAAAAAUCAAGCACUCAAUGCUCAUAUUCACAACUCUUUUACACAGCUUAACAUUCACCACAUUCACAUCUUUGAUACAUACACAAAAUACCAUACAUAAGCGUCACCUAGUAAAGGAAACAAAUCAAGCGUUACCGCAUAAAUCGUUAUACCCGCCCGAAACAAUUAGAAGAAAGAAAAAAAAUCAAGUUAAAUCAAAAUCGACAUUCGUUCUUUGCCUUAACGAAUAUGUUUUAUCUUCGCUAAACAGACAAAGACAGAGAGAGAGAAAGGACGCAGACAUCUUUUGAUACCAAGAAGCUAGAACAAUUUUACCACCAAAAAUCCAGAAUCCAACACACACAAACAAAUCGUACUAGCUCAAAUUUAUAGAAAUUGGAACCCCAUUGGAGUAACUGUAUUAUUUUGUUGAUGGAAAAAAAAGAAAGUGUUUUAAAUUGACCCGAAAUCAGAUCCGGAGAUGAAAAAUUGGCACUUUUAAGAAAUUCAACCAGAAGCCCCCUUAGAUUUUUUAUAUGAUACCAUCUUACAAACAGAAUCAGUGUGUGUAGCAGAAACCGGGUAGGGAAAAUCUGAGAACAAGCGAGAAGAUGAAGUGCGUGUUCUAAGGGUUACGAAUUGAGUUUUUAGAAAACAAGAAAAAAAAAUUAAUCAAGAAAGCAUUUUGUGACGUAGAAUAUUUAUAUUUUAUACAAAAGUGAGAAGUUUGAUUUUUUUCGUGAAACGCAUACAAAAUCUACCUUGUACAUAGAUUGACUUUAUAGCGGUGCAAUUCCAGUGGAGAAGCUAGCAGUUUGGCAUCGUGUGUAAUAUAUAGUACCGUAUAACGCGCGUGACAAGUCGAGUGAAACAUUGCACAACAAUUGUGAAGAAAAAUAAGAAGAAGAAGAAUCAUUUGAAACUCACACAAUUGAAAUGUAGCACGUAAAAGGACAAGAAAAAUGUUGAAACUAUAUACACGCGAGAGAAAGCAAAGGAAAGCAAACAAACAAGUCCAAAUAAAAGCUAUCGAAACUUUCA